UGAACCCCCUUCGGGGGGUCAACGAUAGUUCUUGGCCGAUUCUCGGUCGACCAAGGGGUUGCGAAGGGGGUUCAUUGAGGGGCCGAAGGCCCUUCAAAGAGCAAAAUCAUCAUUAAUAGUAGUUAAUUUUGUUUGCACAAGGUAGGAGAUAAUGUCGCCGAGAAGUGUAUUCCUGCGGUUGUUGCCGUUACGUGCCUGUAUCGUUGCCAGCUCAACAUGCCUGGCUGUGGUGCAGGCUUCGACGCAGGCCUCGCAGAAAUUUAAUAAGAGUCUCCGCACUACUACAGGGGAUCACCUGGAGGUUGCCGCCUCGAGCGUACCAUCGGGAGCAUUGUCGAUUGGUGCUACGUCGAUGGAUAUUACAGACGUAUCCCGGGUGGAACAACAAAUGAGGCGCCAGCACUACAUGUUGUAAACAAACCACUUUGCAUUUGUACAAUUUGCAGGCGGGAGCCGCGACGCUCUAGUAAAUCAGAAUACGAGCUGCAGAUGAAGGACGAGCUGGUGCAUGCGGCUGCAUGCUAGAUGGCUAAGAUACAGCGCAUGACAUCAUAACCCUUCAACAUUUAAAAGAUUCUUCAGAUGCCAAAAUUGGAACUCAGUGCCGAGUGAUGGUCUUCAUUUUAAGUUAGUUUACUUCUCCAUACGAGGACACGUGGACAAAUGGAGUCUGUCCGUACUUGGAAAACAACAACACUCCCCUGCACGAAGUUUUCGACUCCUUGUUGCACGACGGGGCGACGCCGGAAUGGGCGGCGACGCCGGAAGAGUAUCGGCCUCUGGUGCUCCCCGGCCGGGCACGAGGGCCGCUGGCGGAGCAGAUGCGUACCGAGUUGGCGGCUUUUCUCGGGGAAAGCAGCUGGGAAAGCCGCUUGUCUUCUACUCGUAGACGAGGGCAAAUUCGUUUGACCGAUCGCGUCACAGAGGCGGCAAACAAAUUUGCCGUCCAUCUAAUGCAAAAGUCCCGUUAGCGUUUCAUUCAGCUGCUCAUGCUCGGCUCGCCCGCGCAGGGGGCGGGGGAUGCAGAUGCAGAUGCACCGUGCCCCCUCCUCGCGCUUCGAAGCGUGAGUCGCCGGUUCCGUAGUACAACGCCGGAUCCCGCCGCCCCGAUCAUGGCUUUUGGUUUCGCGCAGCAGUUGCUGUC